CCCAGAAAAAAAGCAUAAUUUUCUACGAACAUUCACCAUGUGUUGCAGUUAAAAGCAUUUAUAACUAAAUGCAGAGUUUGAGCAGAUCUCCAGAUCCUCCUCUGGGGAGACAACAACCCCCAUCAGCCCACCCCUCUCAGCUCGAAGAGUCGCUCUGGUUUUCCUGUCCGCAUCAGUUACAUCUCAAUCUGAUGACUACAGCUGCCGGCGCUGUGUGGAGUGGGGCUCAUUGGUCUUUAAAUGUGCAUGGUUAUAUUUGCUCCGAUUUUUGCCAUUUGUGCAUUUGCCACCUGUGGAGGAUACUAUGGCCAUCUCCAGGUUAAAGUGGACUGUGCAGCACGGCGACACAACAACGUCAGCAUCAAUAUUGAUUUUGGCUAUCCUUUCAGGUUGCGGCAGGUCUACUUCAAAGCUCCUUUGUGCGAAGCAAAGAGAGAAGAAAUCGUUUUCCUCAAUGGUGACUUCUCUGCAUCUGCUCAGUUUUUUGUGACUGUGGGUGUUUUGGCAUUUCUUUACUCCCUCUUGGCGACGAUUGUCUACGUCUUCUACCAGAACAAAUAUCUGAAGAACAACAGAGGCCCUCUAGUGGAUUUCCUUGUCACCGUCACCUUUUCUCUAACAUGGCUGCUCAGCAGUUGCUGUUGGGCUAAAAGCCUCACUGAGAUCAAGACAGCCACAAACCCAACGGAGGUGCUUCUUCUCAUCUCGGCCUGUAGAGAGAAGGAAAAUAGAUGUGCAGCCACGCAGGAACCUUUCUGGUCUCGUCUAAACACGUCUGCUGUUUUUGGUUUCGUGAACGUCAUCCUCUGGUCUGGAAAUAUUUGGUUUGUCUUUAAAGAGACAGGCUGGUACAAGACUGGUCAGAGAUACCCGAGCAGGACUUCUUCCAGGAAACGGUCCAGUGAAAUGAGAGAGCGACUCUACAGCGAAUCCAGCUUUGAUCAGCCAGACGACAACUUCGGCCCCUUCACACAGGACAGUUUCACAGAGCCAAGAGGGGACUUCGACAAACAGGUCCAGAGACAAGCUAGCAUCAACCAAUCACAAGUAAGCUUCAGCUUACCGGAGACAUAUCUGGGCAAAAGCGUGGUUUAUGAGAGAGAGAAUAAAAUAGCUUCUCAAGGACCUGUGAUUUUUGUUAAUGAGAUGUGACCCGAAGGUAAUUUGAGCACAUCAACACAUUUUUAUAAAGGAAGAAGUUAAAAUCGGUGUCAUACAAAAAAAUGAAACACAGAAAUAAAAAAAAAAAAUUUGAUGUUUACUCAGAUCAAUGCCCCAAAAUUGCUGUGGAUUUGAAUCACUGACCUGAAUGCUUUGGAGGAGCAGUUCUUAUAUGUAAAGAGUGAGCUGUUGCACAGAUUGAUUGCAUCCACAAUGUACCUUGGAAUAAUCAUAUCAGCACAGGGCUGAACAAAGCCUAAUGAUGCAUGUCACAUCAAUGAUGCAAAAUGAAGUUCACUGCUGCAAGAGUAUUUGCUCCCUCGCAGUUUUUUUUUUUCUGUUCUUGCUUUUUUCACAUUUAAAUGUUUCAUAUUAUUAAAACUUUUUU